ACAUUAGCCGCUACAACGUGGGGAUCUCAGACGGAGAGAGAGAGAGAGAGGCCCCCCGCUCCCCGCCGCAGUGAGGCGAGCGUCAACCUCCAGGUUCUUCUAGAGGUUUUUGGUCUUUUCAAAAGACGCUGCUUUUGCCAUAGACCCUGAACGCGGCGUGACACAACAACGAAGAUGGCGUGUUGUGGAAACUGUUUUUGUUGCCAAUGUUGCUGCAGAGAAGGAGAGACGCGGACACCAGAAGAACUGACAAUCCUUGGGGAAAUCCGAGAUGAAGAAGAUGAGAUUCUACCCAGGAAAGAUUAUGAGAGCUUGGAUUAUGACCGGUGCAUGAAUGAGCCCUAUGUGGAAGUCCUGGAGGGAAUGGACAACAAGAAAGCUAAAAAAUAUGAAGCGGUACGAUGGAUAAUGGUGUUUGCUAUUGGAGUCACAGUGGGUCUGGUGGGCCUGUUUGUGGAUUUCUUUGUGCACCUCUUCACCAAAAUCAAAUUUACUGUGGUCGGUGAUUCUGUAGAGAAGUGCAGUGACAAAGGCUGUCUCCCUCUGUCUCUGCUGGAGCUCCUGGCAUUCAACCUGACCUUCGUCUUCAUUGCCAGUGUGCUCGUCCUCAUUGAGCCAGUAGCUUCAGGUUCGGGGAUCCCGGAAAUUAAAAGUUACUUGAAUGGCGUGAAAAUUCCUGGGAUUGUCCGACUGCGAACGUUUCUGUGCAAGGCUGCUGGAGUUCUGUUCAGCGUGGCUGGAGGUCUGUUUGUGGGGAAAGAAGGACCGAUGAUACACAGCGGAGCCAUUGUGGGAGCUGGCCUUCCUCAGUUUCAGAGCAUCACUUUCAAGAGGAUCAAAUUUGAUUUUCCCUACUUCCGCAGUGACAGGGACAAGCGGGACUUUGUGUCAGCGGGCGCUGCUGCUGGAGUAGCUGCCGCCUUUGGUGCUCCUAUAGGUGGCACCCUCUUCAGUCUGGAGGAGGGCUCCUCUUUUUGGAACCAGGCCCUCACUUGGAAAGUGCUCUUCUGUUCCAUGUCGGCCACUUUCACCCUCAACUUCUUCCGUUCGGGGAUCAACUUCAACAAGUGGGGCUCCUUCCAGCUGCCUGGCCUGCUCAACUUUGGAGAGUUCAAGUGUCCAGAUGGAGAUAAGAGCUGCCACCUGUGGACAGCUGUGGACCUGGCCUUUUUUGUUCUGAUGGGUGUGGUGGGCGGCCUGCUGGGGGCGCUCUUCAACUGCAUGAACAAGUGCUUGGCCAAGUAUCGCAUCAGACACAUCCACCCCAAGGCCAAGUUUAUCAGAGUUCUAGAGAGUCUGCUGGUUUCCAUGGUGACAACAGUGGUCAUAUUUGCAGCUUCCAUGCUGUUGGGGGAGUGUCGUGACCUGUCCUCCCCCACAACUCAUAACACCACAGUGUCCAGCAGUGAGGACAUCAAUUCCACCAUCCGCCAGUACUUCUGCACCAACAAGACCUACAAUGACAUGGCCACGUUGUUCUUCAACCCACAGGAAGUGGCCAUCCACCAGCUCUUCCACCAGGAUGGUACCUUCAGCCCUGUGACUCUGUCAGUGUUCUUCGUGCUCUACUUCCUGUUGGCCUGUUGGACCUAUGGUGUGUCUGUGCCCAGCGGUCUCUUUGUCCCCUCGUUGCUCUGUGGGGCGGCUUUUGGGCGUCUUGUCGCCAACAUCCUCAAAGUGAAACUGGGAAUGGACAUCUACUCGGGGACUUUUGCUCUCAUCGGAGCUGCCGCCUUCCUCGGAGGCGUGGUCAGAAUGACCAUCAGUCUGACUGUCAUCCUCAUUGAAUCCACCAAUGAAAUCACAUACGGGCUUCCCAUCAUGAUCACUCUAAUGGUUGCCAAGUGGACUGGAGAUUUCUUCAACAAGGGCAUCUAUGACAUCCACAUCCAGCUGAGAGGAGUGCCACUGCUGGAGUGGGAGACUGAGGUGGAGAUGGACAAGCUGACAGCCAGUGAUAUCAUGGAGCCCAACCUGACCUACGUGUACCCCCACACCCGAGUCCAGUCUCUGGUCAGCAUCCUGCGCACCACCGUCUACCACGCCUUCCCUGUGGUCACUGAAAACCGGCAGAACGAGCGGGACUUCAUGAAGGGCAACAUCCUGGUCAGCAACAACAUCCGCUUCAAGAAAUCCAGCGUUGUGUCCCGUGCGGGGGAACAGCGGCGACGCUGCCAGUCCAUGAAGUCGUACCCGUCCAGCGAGCUGAGGAAUGUCUGUGACGAACAGAGCGCCGUGGUAGAGCCCACAGAGGAGGGAGAGGACCUGCUGCAGCAGAUGUUAGAGAGGAGGCAUGCUCCCUACCCCAACCUGUACCCAGAUCAGUCUCCCAGUGAGGAGUGGACCAUGGAAGAGCGCUUCAGGCCCCUCACCUUCCACGGCCUCAUCCUACGAUCCCAGCUAGUCAACCAGCUCAUCAGGGGGGUCUGCUACGCUGAGAACCAGUCGAGUGCGUCUCAGCCCAGGCUGUCCUACGCAGAAAUGACUGAAGAUUAUCCACGUUACCCUGACAUUCACGACUUGGACCUCUCCCUGCUCAACCCCCGCAUGAUCGUGGAUGUCACCCCCUACAUGAACCCAUGUCCCUACACGGUGUCACCCAACACCCGCAUCUCCCAGGUGUUCAACCUGUUCAGGACCAUGGGCCUGCGACACUUACCAGUGGUCAAUGCUGUUGGAGAAAUUGUUGGAAUAAUCACAAGACAUAAUUUAACCCACGAGUUCCUUAUGGCCAAACUGCGACAGCACUACAUCACUGUUUGACCCCGACGCAGGACGUACCGCUGUCCUUCAAACCCAAACUCUGUUCAGCCUGGUCCUGACACCCGGUCUCUGUCCAUUCCUGAUAGCAUGUAGGCAUUCCCAAACACAUGCAGGACAUUCACAAGCAUACAUACACACUCUCUGUGGUACAGUAGAGAACGCAGUUCUCCAGUAAGUGAAACCGUUCAGUUCUUUUUUUUUUUUUUUUUACUCAAGUCGUAUGUUUCCAGUUCAGAUCCACUGGCUUCAGUGGUGGGACUGGACACAUAACCUGUGGGUGUAAUACAACUAUACUUGACUUCAUCAUGUUGAUCUGUAUUAAAAAAAACAAAACAAAAAAAAAGUUACAAGCAUCCCCCAGAUCGACGGCUGAUAAUUCAGGAGCCCUUGCCCUGCAUUCAGACUAAGGGCUGACUCUUUUACAGCAGCACUAGAGGAUGUGAAAGCAUUAAGUUUAAAGCAUUAACAGUGUUAUUAUCAUCUCAGCAGCUAAUUUAACUUCCUUCAGUCGUUAGCACAACUGGUUAAACUGAGAAUGGCCUUGCUAGCAGCAGCACACUCUAUAUCAUAUUCAUUCAACCCUAGUCCUGCUCCACCCCCCCCCCCCCCCCUCACCCACCCUCCAGAUGGCCUGCACCCAAAUUUGAGCACCACUGUCAUAGAAGGAUAGAAGUGAUGACAAUAGGAAAGAUUUGUUCAGUGAUACAGAUAAGUCUAGAGUUGGAGGGCUGUAAAUAUAGUAGGAAGCUCUUUUGUACGGAUACUGUGAUCACGAGCCACCUGAGAAAUAAUGUGAAGAGGUAUUUUAGUUUGGACACUACAGAGGGGAAAAUCUAAGACGAAGGUAAAGCUGCAUCUUAGAGUAAGACAAGAACAUUCAGUUCAGUUCAGGGUACUUUUAUUUCUAUAGCAACAAAUCAUAACAUACAUUAUCUCAAGACACUUUACAGAGUGAGGUCAAGACCUGACAGUAUUAUAUUACGGGUACGGUAGCAGGAACAGCUGUGUUCACUGUCGUAUUAAAGCAGUCGGACUGGGUUUUAGAGUGAUAAUAAUAUUAUCAGAGACUUUUAAGCCUAAUCUUUUACGUAGAGAGGGCAUCUGCCUCCUGGACCCAUACUGGGAGCUGCUGGAGCCUGAAGAUACGAUGGAGUUUGGUCAUUAGGAGUGUUGUAGGCGAGGAGAAGGAUUUUAAAUUCUAUUCUGGAUUUUACAGGGAGCCAGUGCAGAGAAGCUGAUACAGGAGAAUCAAGAUCUAGCUCUAAAAGGGCUAAAAGUGCCCUGAGAUCACUUCUGAUAUGAUUCAGUGCUGUAGAAAUAAAACUGACUCAGAUUGAUUAGAUCUAACGUGGAAGUGAUAAUUAAAGGUAGAUCAUCCUAAAAGUCGAUGGUUUAGAUGAAGAAACGGUUGAAGUUAUCUCAGAGAUCUACGGGAGAGAAGCAGUCUGAAUAGGCCACAGCACAGGACAGUACAUCUGUGUGGGAAGGAGGUGAUGAGUUUUUUUUUUUUUUUUUCUGUAAUAGUUACAUUUUAUUUGUAAAGAAGCUUGUGAAGUCAUUACUACUGAGAGUUAAAGGAACACAUGGCUCAGCAGAGCUGUGAUUCUCUGUCAGCCUGGCUUCAGGAAUGAAAAGAAACCUGAGGUUAUUCAGAUUUUCCAGGAUACAGGAGGUUCUGGCAUUACAGAGCCUGUUUUAUGUGUUAUUCCAGGUGAGGUGAAAUUCUUCUAAACUGGUGGAACACCUCUUCUUCUCCACUUUUUGGGAUGUUUUCGGAUUCACUACAUGUUCGUUUGAAUUCAUUUGAACUUCAUUGUUUGAAAAAGUGACAGCUCCCGUGACUUGUUGACGGUGUUUGCUCAGAUUUUGAAAGCCUGCGGUUUCCUUACCUACCUUCAAAAAUCAUCCUUUUGAGCUUUUGAUGAUGCUUUAUCAUUGUUGUCACUGUAGCACUUUUAUUUUUUUUUUGACUGUUUUGUCUGUACAUUUGAAUUUUCUGUAGAAGCAACUGGAAUAUAUGCACUAAAAAGCAGGCUGACAUUCCCUCAUGGCCUGCACCGUAACUGGACUGGAAGAGUCUGCUUAGGGACCGUGUUAUGUUCAUUCCAAGUCACAUCUCUAACCACUUCAGCAGUCUGUGAAUACAUUCCCAUUAUUUUUGCACUUACAGUGUGUCGUGAUGUUUUUCCACUGUCAUCGAGUCAGCUCAGUGUUAGAACGUGUCAGGCCUAAGACUAGGACUGUGUAUUUGACAGCCUCACAUUAUGUUGGACCACACUUUUGUUAUCUAACAGGGAAUCUGAAGAAUUGGAUCUAUAAAGGACAAACUGCAAAGAAAAAAAAAAAAGAAAUUCAUUUCUAAACUAUUUCAUAUUAGUACUCUGCUAAUAGAUUUUUAAGUAUCUUUCUGG